AUGUGGGGUAGCAAAAUAUUUACAAUAUUAAUAAUCUCUACUUCUGUAUGGUGCCUUGAUAAUAUUACGGUAGAUCUUCUGACUCCUGUAGCUGAGUUUGGAGAGGCUUGUGGAUAUCAGGCUUGCCCGAUUAUUCAGCCGAACUUCCUGAAUGUCCACGUUGUUCCUGCAACCCAUGCCGAGUUGGCUGGUCACAUGAAUUUCUACCAGUUCUAUGAAGGCGUCCGCCGCAUGGUCUACCAACUUAUCCGACAAGGAAGACUGUACUUCGUAGGUGGGGGUUGGGGGAUGAGUGAUGAAGCUUCAGCCCACUAUCACGCUAUCAUCGAUCACUACACUUACGGCCUCAGAAAACUCAACGCUACCUUCCUGGAGUGCGGUAGACCCCUGGUCACCUGGCAAUCUGAUACCUUCGGACACUCAAGAGAAUUCGCAUCUCUGAUGGCGCAGAUGGGCUUCGACGGACACUUCAUCAGCCCUAUCAGCUUCGAUGAUGAACUGGCCAGAAUGAGAUCUAAAAGUUUGGAGUUUAUUUGGAGAGGGAGUGAUGAUCUGGGAGCUGAGUCAGAUAUCUUCACCCACAAACUCUUUGACGGGUACUGGUCUCCUCCAGGGUUCUGCUUCGGCCUUGAAUGCAAUGACCCGCUUAUUGUGACUACAGACUACCAGUUCAACAACGUUAUAGACAGAGUCGUAGAGUUUGCUAAGCUGAUGCAGGUCCGCCAAGGUCCUUACUACACAACCAAUAACAUUAUGGUGAUUAUGGGACAAAGAAUGGGAUACUUUGAUUCACACGUUUGGUUCGCAAAUAUUGACAAGUUGAUUAUGGGUGUAAACCAAGCAAGGCCGAAGAAGGGACUUCGGUUGCGUCUGACAUACUCCACUCCUGCCUGCUAUUUAAAGGAAGUUCAAAAGGCUGAACCUACGUUAAGGACGAAACAGGACGAUUUCUUUCCUAUGGCUUACGACAAGGACACACACUUCACAGGAAUGUACUACUCGCGUCCCAUCCUCAAGUACCAUGCUCGGGAAAUCCAUUCACUCAUGGUGAUAGCAAAACAGUUGCAAAUGUUUGGGCAUCUGAAGAACAACGACCAACUCUUCGAAGAUAUUCAGUGGAUAGCUGGAGCUAUGCUUGAUCAUACAAUAUUAACUGGUGGUCUACAUAACUUCGUAAGUAAAUACUACACCGUCAAAGUUCACAAAGCCAAACAUUUGUGUAUGAAAAUAAUUAAUUCAGCUUUAAACAAACUUCGCAGAGCUCCCACCAACACCACGUAUCACAUGUGUCCUUUUAAUGUAACCAGCUGCUACACAACCUCAAGCUACAAAUCCUAUAUCGUAAUCUACAACCCCCUGGUGUGGCAGGUGACCCUUCCAGUGAGGUUGCCAGUUCACAGACUCAAAUAUAAUCUGUACGAUAACAAAGGUGAAAAAGUAAACCAUUCCAUUGUGUCAAUACCAGAAAUCGUUAAGCAUAUUCCAGAAAGAACUCAAAUAAGUCACUCUCCAGCCAUGAAUGAUGAGUUGGUGUUCAUAGCUGAGGAUAUACCAGCAAUGGGCUUCCGUUCUUAUUACUUGGAAGUAGAAAGUUCUAGACAUAAGCGCGAGGUGAUUAAAAAGAUGGCGAAAAAGAAGAAGAGGAAGUACCUGACGAGGCAGACGAACGUUGUGAAGGCAUCUGAUGAUAAUCUGAUGAAUGCUUAUGAUGAUGAUGAUUAUUUAGAAGAAAUGACAGACCGACCAACGAUAAUAGAAUUUGCUAACAUCACAAGGAGUACUCAGAGCCCGAGGGAUUAUGAUUUCAUGCUGCCAAUGAGGCUUUCAAAUUCAAGUCUAUCUACCGACGCUACUAACAAUGAACACGAUAGUUAUGAAGAAACUAUUUUGAGAAACACUUCCCAGUAUUUAAUACCUACCCGUCGAGUACACCCCAUGAGAACCACUGAGAAUCCUCAUAAUCCACACAGAACACAAAGGCCUUCCAAUACUUAUGUAACCGAAGAAUCGGUUAAUGAUACCACUACCGAAGCCAUCCCUACCACUUCUACAACCACAUCUACCACCACUUCUACAACUCCAGAUUACUAUGAUGAACUGAUUCGAAACAGCACCAAUGACGAAGAAAGUGUAGGAGAGAUGACAUGGGCAGAAGAGAUCGUCUUCCGAAAGUUGGAGAGAAGUGGUUACCUUAGUGUCAAUUCCCCGGAUAAUUUUAUUAAAAAUGAACACAUAAAGAUCAACGUGGAUCAAACUUUAGGCAAAAUCAUAAGCAUAGCCUUGUCUAAUGGAGUAUACAUGAAUUUAGACAUCAAAAUGAUGUACUUUGUAUCUGAUGAUCCCGACCAGAUGGGGACUACUAAGAAAAGGCCAGGAGCCUUCGUCUUCAGACCCAUGGACCCGAAUCCGGAAUCUACAUCAAAUAAUCCAAUUUUGAAGGUUAUUAAAUCUGAAUUCGUACAUGAAGUGCAAAUUAAAUUCUCGACAUAUACAGCAACAUCUUUAAGGUUAUAUAAAGAUUUGCCAUAUGUCGAAGUGGAUUGGGUAGUUGGACCCAUCCCAGUCCAGGAUGGGUUGGGCAAAGAUAUUUUUAUCAGAUAUACCACAGACUUGGAGAAUAAUGGUGUAUUUUAUACGGACAGUAAUGGUCGACAGACGAUUAAGAGGAUAAAGAAUUUACGAGCUACGUACACCCCCGUCAAUUCAGAUGUAUCAAGCAAUUUUUACCCAAUAACAUCCAAAGUGUAUAUCGAAGAUACUGAUAAAAACAUUCGAUUUUCCGUCUUUCCUGACCGUGCAGAAGGAUGUACAUCUCUGAACCAAGGCGAAAUAGAUAUAAUGCUUCACAGAAGAAUUCUCACAUCUGACACUGUACUGAGUGGAAUUGUAAACGAAACUGAAUUUGGUGGAAUAGGCCUUAUUGUCAGAGGAAACCAUCGCUUGUACCUAUCCAAAGCCGACUAUAAACCCAACAAGUUCUUCGAAAAGAAAUUUGCCAAGGAACUUGAAUUACGUCCCCAGGUCUUUACAUCUGCACACCCUUAUUUCGAUCCAAGUAUUACUUUCAAGAAUUGGUCUUCAUAUAGAAACGAAUAUUCAGCUUUAAAAAAGAAGUUACCAAAUGGCGUUCACGUUUUAUCGUUCGAAAAAUGGAACCAUCAACUGUUGAUUCGUUUGGAAAAUUAUUUAGAAUUGAAAGAUGUGGUCAGAAACGGUAUCAAAAUGAUUAAUAUUUUAGGUUUGUUCAAAAAUUACAUAAUAACUAGUUGUAAAGAGACUAUGUUGGGAACUAAUAUUUGGAAAUCUGAUCACGUUAAAAUGCAAUGGCAAAAAGAUAAAUUUGUCAAAAAUUUUAAUGAUGUUUUUGGUAAUUCGAGUAAUUUGGAGUUUGUUGAAGAUGUUGAAAAACCGUAUGAUAAAGUUGAUUUGACAGUGGGUAUAGAAUUAUCUCCGCAACAAAUAAGGACGUUUAUAUGCAGUUAUGAACUUCCUCGUGAGCUGUCCUAA